AUGACUGAUAUAACUGUCCUUCAAGGAAAUGCCAAUGAACCCUGCAUCAUCUACCCCGAGGUUCCCACCGAAGGUGAUUCCGGAGACUGCGCCUGCCUCGGGGGGGGGACGUCGGGAACGCCUGGGUUACAGGGACCGCCCGGACCCAGCGGGAACCCCGGAUACGCCGGAAGAAAGGGGGAGCUGGGAGAUGGCGGCACACCUGGCUUUGGAGGCAAUCAGGGACCUCCUGGUCGUUCUGGUGAACCCGGAAACUACGGUCGUAAGGGGGAGAAAGGAACGUCUUUUUACCCCGAUCUUGGUUUAGGAGUGAAAGGAGAACUCGGAGGAAUCGGCCCCCGCGGACCUAACGGAGAAACUGGAAAACCCGGAAGAGACGGAAUUCCCGGAUUCCCUGGAACUCCUGGACCCCCCGGUGAUGGUGGUUACGGCACAGUCGGAGAGAAAGGGUUCCCAGGAUACCCGGGUGCUAAGGGUCGUCCCGGAGAACCUGGAGAACCCGGCGGAGGAUACGUCGGCACGCCAGGUUUCCGUGGAGAUGCUGGAGAUCCGGGAAUACCGGGACUACCAGGACAACCAGGACAACCAGGACAGCGAGGCACAGUUUUACCGUGCUCCAUACCCGGUGAGAUCGGAGACCCCGGAUACCCCGGAAGACCCGGAGGACCAGGCCCUAAAGGUCAGUCAGGGUUCCCAGGAGGAUCCGGACGUCCCGGAUUUGACGGGUCCAAAGGAGACAGAGGAAACCCCGGUUUUGGAGGACAACCUGGACCACAAGGUUUCCCCGGACCCAGAGGAGAUUCUGGUAUUCCCGGCGGCCCCGGACAGAGCUUUGACGGCGGCAGAGGGAAGGACGGUGUUCCUGGUCGUCCCGGAGGAAAGGGCCAGCCUGGAGAGGUGCUGGGGGCCACGCCUGGCACCUCGGGACAGAACGGAGGACCAGGAACACCUGGAGACAAGGGCCAGCCCGGGACCCCUGGAGGGCCGGGACAACCUGGUGGCGACGGGCGUUUCGGCGUUCCCGGUCUGAGGGGAGAGCGAGGAGUCGACGGUUACCCCGGUAACAAUGGUCUUCCCGGACUUCCAGGCGAGCCGACCUUUGGUAUUCCCGGUCGUCCCGGUUUUCCCGGUAAUGUCGGACUGAGCGGAUCUCCAGGCUGCCAAGGUGGUCCCGGACGCUCAGGGUUCCCCGGUCUUCCCGGACCCCCCGGUCCCACGGUGGGAUCAGACGUUCUUGGACCUCUUGGAGACCCAGGACUCCCUGGACUGGAUGGAGAAUAUGGUUUCCAGGGUCCUCCAGGUCCUCCCGGUCCCCCUGGUCCCGGCACAGCUCAGGGAGACCGAGGAGACCCCGGACUCCCAGGUUUCCCAGGAUCCCCCGGGAGAAAGGGAGAACCUGGUUUUCCCGGAGGCCCCGGACUCCCCGGAAGCCCCGGGUUCAAAGGAGGAAUAGGAGAGAGCGGAUACAGCGGAGGUCCUGGUCUGAAUGGCUAUCCCGGUGAUUCUGGAUAUUACGGAAACAAAGGAGCCAAGGGAGUACAAGGACGUCCCGGUCGUAAGGGAGCCCCCGGACUCACGAUUCCCAGGAUACCGCAAGACUUCGAGCGACCCUACGGAGAAAUUGGUUACCCCGGAGGAGGAGGAGGAAGCGGGACUCCUGGAGAACCUGGACAGCCGGGACUCCCCGGACGUUCAGGGUCUAAGGGUCGUCCCGGUCCUGGAGGUAAACUGGGCCAGACUGGACCUCCUGGUUACCCCGGAUCUAGCGGUGAUGCCGGAUCCCCCGGUUUCCCCGGACCCGCUGGAGAACAAGGCGCCACUGGAUCCACGGGUCGCUCCGGACCCCCUGGGGCUGUGGGUCGUGGCUCAAGCAUCGGAUACACCCUGGUGAAGCACAGCCAGGACGCCCAGGUGCCCAUGUGUCCUCAGGGCAUGGCCAAGCUGUGGGACGGGUACAGCCUGCUGUUCGUGGAGGGGCAGGAGAAGGCUCACAACCAGGACCUCGGUCAGCCGGGGUCUUGUCUCCCCCGCUUCAGCACCAUCCCCUUCCUCUACUGCUCCCCCAACGAGGUGUGUUACUACGCCUCGAGAAACGACAAAUCCUAUUGGCUCUCCACCAGCGCUCCCAUUCCCAUGAUGCCCGUUGCCGAGCAACAGAUUCAGCAAUACAUCAGCAGGUGUUCAGUGUGUGAGGCUCCCUCUCUGGCUGUAGCCGUGCACAGUCAGGAUCUGAACAUCCCCACCUGCCCCCCCGGCUGGAGGAGUCUCUGGAUCGGAUACUCCUUCCUCAUGCACACAGCGGCGGGAUCUGAAGGUGGCGGUCAGUCUCUGAAUUCCCCCGGUUCUUGUCUGGAGGAUUUCCGCGCCACGCCGUUCAUCGAGUGCAACGGAGCCAAGGGAUCCUGCCACUUCUUCGCCAACGAAUACAGCUUCUGGCUCACCACCGUGCAGCCGGGCACGGAGUUCCUCUACUCCCCCGGACAGGAGACCCUGAAGGGCGGCCAGGAGAGAUCCAGAGUCAGCCGCUGCCAAGUCUGCAGCAAGCUGUUGUAGUAUCAGCACCUCGGAGGAGAACAAGAGGUGUUAAAGGUCACCUAUUAUGCAAAAUCCACUUCUCCAUGUCCCUUCUACAGCAACAUGUGUCCCCUCUGUGUAA